UGUAGCUACCCGGUAGUUGAGUAGUUAGUAGGUGGAUGUACAUGAUAUAGACAAAAUAACGUACAUUUUUGUUUUAAAACGUAUUCUGAUGAGCUACAGAAAGUAGAUGGCUAGUAUGCAUUAAACUGAGGCAAGUAACAAGUAUACUCGGACAUCUAGCUAGCUAACUUACUAAAAACGAAGCGGUCCCUCGGUUACUGUCAGAACUAGCUAACAGCACCAACAUCAUCAUGGAAGGAGGGGGCACAACCGAAAACCAAUAUAUGAGUUGAAGGUCAGAAGUAAUCAAUCACAUCAACUGACAUAACAAGCUACAACCAUGUACUCCAGCCCAGAUGUCUGCCUAAAAUCUGGCAGUCACAACAGUAGCAGUAACAGCAACAGCAUCACUGAACUGCUGGGCUCCCUGUGUGACAGCAGCCUCACUGGGGUGUCAUGGAAACGUCGUGCUCUAGGAGGGGUGUCCCGAGAGGGGGUCCGCCGCACCCUCAGAAAGCGUGCCUACGGGGCCCUGCUGUCCAAACUGUUCCAGGAGGGCUCCCCGAAAGGGUCCUUGUCAGUACCUAGUGCCACGUCCAUCACUCCGCCCAGAAACAAGCUACUUAUGAUGUCCUUUGACUUGCGUGUGGCGGGGUGCCAGGACGAGGCCGAGAGGCUGGAGGAGCAGCUGGGGAGGCUAGGUGAGGGGGCCGCCUCGGGUCUGAAGGAGCUGGACUCUGUGCUGGAGCUCCUGGUGCAGCUGACUGGCUCUGCACCCCCACCCCCGGCCUCCUUCAGCAGGGACUACAUGCGCAGGGAGAGGCCCGUGCUGAGGAGGCCUCCGCUGGGGGGGUACCAGAGCGAGGAGCUGCAGAGGCUGGAGGCCCGGGCCUGGGCCCUGAUGUGUGGGGAAGAGUGGGGAUCCCUGAAGGGUCUGUGUGGGACUCUGGGUCUGAUGGACGCUCCUCCGGGCACCGGCCUGCUGGCUCUUAGGAGGAGGUCAGACGUAGAGGAGAGGUUUGAGAAGGAGACCAGGAUGUCUCUGUUUGGAGCCCUGCAGCACUCCCGUACCUCAGACCUGGACAUCAGGCUGGACCUGCCUCCUCUGCCCAGCAACGCUGAUGUCACUGGGCUAGCCAUACGGGUGCCACCUUGUUUGGACCUGUUAGAAGAUGAGGGCUUCCAGUCAGCCUCCAACCUGACCCCAGACUCCCAGUCAGAGCCCAGCCCCAGCCCAGAGCUUGAUGUCUGGGAAGCCCUGAGGACUUUUGAGCCUGGGAGACGCCGCUGCUGGGAGUCUGUUGGCUGCCCACCAGGGAAGAGGGAAGCCCCCUACCUGACGGAGGGGGGCAGGGAGGCUUUUGACCAGCUCUACAGGCUGUGGGAGGGGGAGAUGAGGGUGGUCUGCUCUGCACCCCCCUCGCCCCUCCUGCCCCUGCCUCUGGACUGUCAGACACAGCUGGUCAGCGACCUACUUAAUGUACUGAUUGGGGUGGCGUCUACUACCUUCCCCCUCAACCAGGUGUGUGUAAACUUUGACGUUCGACCCGGAGUGUGUGUGUCGGGAGCGUCACCGGAGAGUGUGUCUCGUUUGCUUAGCGAGCUGGCUCAGUAUGGCACCCAUUACCUGAGGCUCAGCCGCUUCGUUCUGCAGAGUGCCCACAAGAGAGGCCUAGUCUUCCAGGCGUUUACAGGUGGGCUGCGUAAGUACCUGCAUUACUACCGGGCCUGUGUCCUCAGCACCCCUCCCACCCUCAGCCUGCUCACCAUCGGCUUCCUGUUCCGCAAGGUGGGCCGGCAGCUCAGGUAUUUGUCCGAGUUGUGCUGUGUGGAUGGGGCAUCUGGUGUGGGCAAGGCUACCUUCCCUGUGGGUGUGAAGCUGCUCUCCUACCUGUACAACGAGGCCCAGAGCAACUGCAGCAAUGAGAACUACCCCGUGCUGCUGUCCCUGCUGAAGAGCAGCUGUGAGCCCUACACACGAUUUGUGUCAGACUGGGUGUACAGUGGAGUGUUCCGGGACGUGUAUGGAGAGUUCAUGAUCCAGGUCAACGAGGACUACCUAAGCUUCAGAGACAAGCACUUCUGGGUGCAGGGCUACACCCUGAUCUCCCGUGAUGUGGAGGACUGCGUGCCUGUCUUCCUCCGACACAUAGCCAACGACGUGUACGUCUGCGGGAAGACCAUCAACCUGCUCAAGAUCUGCUGUCCCCAGCAUUACAUCUGCUGGUCGGAGCUGCCCGUGCCUCGCAUCGCUGUCACCUUCUCCCUGCAGGAAGUAGAGGAGAUAGAGAGGGACUGUGCCGUGUACCGAGGGCGCAUGGAGAGGAUCGCCAAGCACAGCGCCACCAGUAGGGAGGAACAGGCCCUGCGCACAGAGCAGGCACGCCAGGAACUGAUCAAUCAGGUCAGGCAGUCGGCCGCCAAGACUCUGGAGAGCAUCCGCGGGCGCCAGGUGUCGCAGCGUCUGGCCGACGAGGCAAAGAAGAGGGAACGCUUUGAAGAGCUGAGACAGCACCUGGAACAGGAACAAGAGUGGCACAGUGUAGCCAGGAGGAAGGAGCAGGAGGAUGAAUACAGCUUUGCCAGAGAGCUGAGAGACAGAGAGAAGCGACUACAGGCCCUGGAGGAGCAGCUGGAGAUCAGAGCCAGGAAGGAACUGAUUGCCCAGUACAGCCACCUAUCAGAGGAAGCGGCCAAGAGGGAGUGGCGGGCCAUGUGGAGGGUUCAGCGAAUGAGACUGGACGAUUCCCGGGCCCAGUUCCUACAGCAAGACCAACAGGAGACUGAGGCUAUUCUGGAGAAGUAUCCUGUGGGAGGGCAGAGACCCCCUCUGGAAAUACUACAGCCAGCUCCAGCUCAGACCAAUCAACCAUCAGCACAGGAGUCUCUAUCCCCAGAGCCCUGUGAGCAGCAGUCAGGGGAGCCAACCCAGGCCCGCCUCCACCACCAAUCCUCUCCCCCUGCACCCUCCUUCACGAAACUCGACCCGACCCUCAUCUCAGAGCACAUCGACGUCAAUGACUUCCUGCCCAAGCCAGCCGACAGCCUGCAGGUGGACCAUGCCCUACAGGAGAUUGGGUCUGACCUCCCGGAGGCUCCUGCUCCUCCUAAACCCAUAGACUAUGACUUUAGCGCCCCCUACAGUCCCCUUGAGGGAGUGAUGGCACCGGCCCUGGCUAGACCUCGCUGGGGUCCUGCAGUACAGCCAGACAUGGCUCACCCUCACCCUCAAAUCCCAACAGGUCCCCCUGUGUCCACUCUAGGCAUAGGGUGUGUUGUGUCUGGGACUGAAGCUCUCCCAUCUCCACUACCUGGAAGUACCUACGGCCAUUCUUCAGACUCCACUCUGGGUGUAGGGUGUGUGGUGUCAGGAGCUGAGGUCCUGGAGGCCCUCCCCAGGCCCAGUCUCCACGGCCAGGCCUCCCAGUCCAGCAUCCCCCUGGGCCAGUACUCCUCUGAUGUGCCCUUGGCUCUCCACACAGCCAAUGUCCACGGACACCCCUCACAGACCACAGUGCAGCUGGUGGAUGGAAGUGAGGCAAAGCAGAUGGACAGCAGGCAGGAGAAUACGGAAGACCCAUCAGCCCCAGAGGGCAUCGUAACAGAGGCUGAAGAGACUGUAGAGACAUCAAGCCAGGUGGAGAUGAAGCCAGCAGAUAUAGAGAAACCAGACAGUGUUGGAGCAGAGGAACAGACGGCUGGUUCUCUCAGGGAUGCUGCUGCCUCCUCCACCCCAGAGCAGGGCCAUGACAGUGGGUAUCACCCAGUACAGGCCUCCCCUUCCCCCUCCAGUGUGUCAGAGCUCCCUACUGCCAACAUUAAAGGCCAUGCCUCAGAUGCUCAUAUCAAAGUCGGAGAGCAUGUUUCAGAUGUGGAAGCCCCUCUCCCUUCUCAAAACGUUCAUGGUCACUCAUCUGAUGCUAACAUAAAGGUAGGAGAGUUUGUUUCGGAGGUGACUGCUCCUCUUCCGACCGCCAAUGUUCACGGUCACUCAUCUGACGCUCAUAUUAAAGUCGGAGAGCAUGUUUCAGAUGUGGAAGCCCCUCUCCCUUCUCAAAACGUUCAUGGUCACUCAUCUGAUGCUAACAUAAAGGUAGGAGAGUUUGUUUCGGAGGUGACUGCUCCUCUUCCGACCGCCAAUGUUCACGGUCACGCAUCUGACGCUCAUAUUAAAGUCGGAGAGCACGUUUCAGAAGUGGUCGCCUCCCUUUUCACCCAGAACAUUCACGGUCAUGCCUCGGACGCGCACAUCAAGGUCGGGGAGCACAUGUCAGAAGAGGUCGCCUCCAUUCACACCCAAAACAUCCACGGUCACUCAUCCGACACUCACUUCAAGGCGGGGGAGUUUGUGUUGGACGCAGAGCCCUCCCGACCACGCUGGAGCAAGCAUGGUCACGCCUCAGACUGCACACUUCAAGUAGGCUGUGUGAUGUCAGGCACAGAACCAGUACCCUCUCCUUUACCUGGUAGCACCUACGGCCAUUCCUCUGAGUCGACUCUAGGCAUAGGGUGUGUUGUUUCUGGGCUUGAACCCCUUCAUGCUCCUCUACCUGGAAGUGACUUUGGACACUCCUCAGACUCAACCCUGGGUGGAGGGUGUGUGGUGUCAGGAACGGUAACCCUUCCUUCUCCGAUACCCGGAAGUGACUACGGCCAUUCGUCAGAUUCAGCGAUGGGCGGAGGGUGCGUGAUAUCUGGGAUUGAACCCCUUCGAGCUCCUCUUCCCGGCAGCAACUUCGGACAGUCCUCAGACUCCACUCUGGGCAUAGGGUGUGUGGUGUCGGGUGUAAACCCUCUGCCCUCCCCCAUCCCUGGCAGUACCUACGGCCACAGCUCAGACUCUGCCCUGGGAGUGGGCUGUAAGGUGAAGGAGACUGGUAAUGAAUACGACGCCAGGACCCUAGAGCAGCAGGAGCAGCAGCGGCUGGCCGAGGGCAUCUCGUCCUGGGCAGCGGGCUUGGCUCUGUCCCCUGGAGAGAGCUCAGAGAGGGAGUACCUCCGUUCCCUGGCUGCUCAGUACCAGGUGGAGCAGUACGAAGACUGCUACAGUCUCAUGACAUUGGCCCCAGAGUGUCACCCCCUGCAUCAGGUGACGCGGGGCCCCUGGGGCCUCCCGGUGGACCCGUCACUCCGCAGGGCCACAGACACCACGGUGGUGCAGCUUAGUGGGAUGGUCUCCCUGCCCGUCCUCAUGAAGCACUCUGUCACCACCCCACUCAUCACACAUGUAUCCCUGGUGAACAAGGCGGUGGUGGACUACUACUUCGUAGAGCUUGGAGUGGAGAGGCACUUUGAGGCCCUCAGGCACUUCCUGCUCAUGGAGGACGGGGAGUUUGCCCAGUCUCUCAGUGACCUGAUCUUUGAAAAGAUGGGCAGUGGUCAGACUCCUGGAGAGCUGUUGACUCCUCUGGUCCUGAACUCCAUCCUGAGCAAGGCUCUUCAGUACAGUGUUCAUGGAGACAGUUCCUUGGCCCCUAACUUCACCUUCGCCCUGCGCUUCCUCCCUGAGACCUUCCACCCUCACGCCCCCGAUGCACUCAACUGCCUGGAGCUACGCUACAAGGUGGACUGGCCGUUGAACAUCAUAAUCACAGACAGCUGUAUGAACAAGUACAACCGUCUCUUCUCCUUCCUGCUGCAGCUCAAACACAUGGUGUGGAGCCUCAGAGACGUCUGGUUUCACCUCAAGAGGACUGCGCUGGUGAAAGGGGCGGGCCGCUCGGUGCAGUUCCGCCAGCUGCAGUUGUACAGACACGAGAUGCAACACUUUGUAAAGGUGAUCCAGGGCUACAUCGCUAACCAGAUCCUGCAGGUGUCAUGGUUAGAGUUCACCACCAAGCUGGCCGGUGCCUCAGACCUGGACGCCAUACACCGCAUACACGCCGACUACCUCAACAGAGCUAUCUUCAGGGGUCUGCUGACAGAGAAGGCAGCUCCAGUCAUGAACAUCAUCCACAGUAUCUUCAGUCUGAUCCUGAAGUUCCGGGCCCAGCUGAUCGCACAACCCUGGGACAGCCAGCAGGGGGAGACAGUGCACCCCAGUUUCAUCGCCAUGCAGCAGUCAUACAACACCUUCAAAUACUACUCCCACUUUCUCUUCAAAGUGGUGACCAAGCUGGUGAACCGAGGAUAUCAGCCUCACCUGGAGGACUUCCUGCUACGCAUCAACUUCAACAACUACUACAAAGACUCCUGAACGUACGUGUGUAGAACACUGUGUGCCUGUGUGUUGUAGAUAAUCAGACUAGGCCUUGUAGGCGUCUUAUUGCCCUAAUGUUUAUGUGUAUAGAAACAAAUGAUACGUUGAAUAUUAUGUACAUGUGUACAAAUUUCUCCCCCCACACCCAUUGCAAUAUGUGGUACUGUAUAUUUGUGGCAUGAAUAAUAUACCGUAUUAAAGAAACAACAUGAGUUGUAUUUACAUUUUAAAUGUACCUCGACAACCUGUUUGACAGCUUCAAUGUGCCUGACCAUACAGUAUUAUGCCUCCUGACAACCUUAUAACCCCCCCUAACAUGCUGAUGCCAAAUGUAACAACGCUACCCAAAGCUCAGGUGCCUCUCCUCUGCCCAUGCCCACCCCAUUCCUAAGCCCUGUAUGUCAAUUAAAGAAAUGCUUCAUUUUGUGAUGUAAAUGUUUUUUUUUUAACUUAAAGGGAGUAAUAAAAUGUAACUUAUAUUU